UUCAGUCGGUCACUUGUUGCUCUUCGACGUCUGUUAGUCUUCACCUUGUCUGUGACGUUGUACGUUUGUUUGCGCUCGUUGUGUUCCGGUCGUCCGCACCUUUAAAUAUUUGUUUUAAUAACGACGUUACAUUUGCAACACUUAAGUUGUUAAUAUUUUACAUUUUUGACUUGUCGCGGCGUUCAGUUUUAAAUUUUAAACUCACGAGGUGCAAGUUAUUGUGAACUAUUUUCAACAUGAUUGAUGUUUUUGGACCCGUAAAGUCACUACUGAAAAUCGACGAAGUGUGCAUCGACAACUUCGUGUUCAAAUUGCACUACAAGGCGACGCUUUGUAUCCUACUGGGUUGCUCGAUUCUAGUAACAUGCCGGCAGUACUUCGGAGAUGCAAUAGAUUGCAUGGUUGAUGGUAUUCCAAGCGGUAUCAUGGACACAUACUGUUGGAUAUACUCGACGUUCACCAUACCAGAUCGUUUCGACGGAAAGGAGGGCAGAACCAUGGCGCAUCCGGGUGUCUCAGAUUUCGAAGAGGGUGUUGAUGGUGUUAAGUACCAUAAAUAUUACCAAUGGGUAUGUUUUGUGUUGUUCUUUCAGGCCAUGUUCUUCUAUGUACCCAGGUACAUCUGGAAAAUAUGGGAGGCUGGACGCAUGAAGGUACUGGUCCUUGACCUCAACAGUCCGUUUUCUUUUGAUUCCGAACACCGGCAAUCAUUGAUAAACUAUUUUGUCCACAACCUACAUUCACAGAAUUUCUACUUCAUUCGGUUUUUCCUCUGCGAGAUCUUAAACUUGUGCAAUGUCUUUCUUCAGAUUUAUCUUAUCGACUGCUUUCUUGAAGGUGAAUUUAGAACCUAUGGCUAUGAUGUGUUAAAAAUGACAGAACUGAAUCCUGAAGAUCGCAAGGAUGUAAUGUCUCGAGUUUUUCCUCUAGUCACUAAGUGUACAUUUAACAAAUACGGACAAUCUGGCACUAUACAGAAAUUCGAUGGUAUGUGCAUAUUGCCUCAAAACAAUCUUAACGAAAAAAUAUAUGUAUUCUUAUGGUUCUGGUUCUGGUUUAUUGCCAUUAUCAGCGUAUUAAACGUUGUGUAUCGUAUACUUUUCAUUUUGGUACCCCAUUUCCGUUUAUUUUUAUUGAGAUCGAGAAUUGAUCGCCUUUCUUAUGAAAAUAUGAACAUUUUAAUUCAGAAGUUUUGGAUUGGUGAUUGGUUUGUCUUUUAUCAAUUGGCCCAGAAUGUCAGCCCAGUAGUUUUCAGAGAGUUUGUUUCAGAAUUGACUAAUAAGUUUGAGACAAAUGUUAAUGUGUAAUUGCAACUCAAUAAAUCUAAAGCAUCAUUCUACAUUUUUAACAAACGUAAAUAGUUAA